CGUGAUGUCAAGUGUCACAUGAUGCUACACGGAAGCAGCAAACCUCUGUUGUCUCGUUAAUGGUUGUGUGCUGUGUAUUUUACCUUUGAACGGCUGUUUUUAGUCGGAACGACGGCGGUAAAAUCAGUAUAAAAAAGUAUUUUAACUGGUAACAAAAGUCGACAUGGUUGUUUCGGAGCUGGAAGAAUCUUCUCUGUCACUGGACGAAAAGCUGCUCCGUUUCAUGGAGCAGCUCGAGUUACUGGAGGAGAAACGAGCCAUUCUCAACUCUCUCAUAGAGCAGGGAUGGUUUUCCAUAUCCAAGGCUCGAUAUUCCAUGGGAAACAAACAGGUUUCUGCUCUACAGUAUGCGAGUGAGAUAGAACCACUGGUCUGUGUCCAUACAAGAACACUGGACAAUGGUGAGUUGAAGUUCUCCACAGAAAAGGUUAAACAAAAAAGCACUCAUGAUGUUGGAAAAGAUGCAAGGUCAGUAGAGGAUAUUGGACCUCAAGAGGAAGGUGUCAGGAGAAGAAUCAAACCAAAAAAGGAUAUCGCAGAGAAAGAGGCAGGUGAAGAGGCAAGUAGUGAGAAAGCUCCUGCAGUAACGCCAUUAAGUAAAAGUGAGCAGAGUCCCCAGCAAGAUCCACUGAAAUGGUUUGGGAUUCUGGUGCCACAGUCUCUUAAACAAGCACAGUCGUCAUUCAAGCAAGUAAUUGAGCUGUCAUCUGAGAUUGCAUCCCUUCAGACUGCAGUGCUGAAAACCAGGCAGGAGCUGAAGCACAGCAUGAAAGACAAACGCGUUCUGCAGGAGAAAGCUUCAGCAGCUCAUUUGGAGAAGAUAGCGGACUAAACCACUCUGCUGAGUUAGUGGAGAUAAGUGAGUCAUUAGGAAGAGCCUGUGGCCACAGAGAGUGACAGGAAACAGCAGGUAAGGCUUCAGGGCCAACUAAACUCAACAGAGAUUCUCCCGGUCGGAUUUUGAAGUGGAUAUUACAGAUUUAGCAGUUUCUUUUUAAUGAUUAAUUGAUAAUAAAAUAUUUUUUGAUUUUCUGCCAUUUUGACUGUGUCACUGUCUAACCAUGUGGCUUGUGUGAGACCAACGUGUUUGUCAGUGCUCUCUUAGUCUCUUGUUCAGUAAAAUAUGUGUUGUAUACUGUAAAUAGUAAUAAAUAUAAACAGAACCACUACCA